AUGGCAAUAACCCUCUCCCACCACGAGAAGGACAUCCUCGCCCGCCAACUCGCCAACCCUCCUGCCCAGAAAAUCGGCUUCUUUUCGCUAUAUCGCUAUGCCUCAAAGUGCGAUCUUGUCGUACUGGCUAUUGCCAGUCUCGCUGCCAUUGUUGGUGGUGCUGCACUCCCUGUUUUCACCGUACUGUUCGGACAGUUGACCUCGAGUUUUCGCAAGAUCGCGAUCAAUGCAAUCACCCUUGAGCACUUUGACCAGGAGCUCACGGAUAAUGUGUUUUAUUUUAUCAUACUUGGAGCCGGCGAGCUUGCAACAAUCGCCAUAGCCACGGUCGGGUUUAUCUACACCGGCGACCACGUCGUGCAAAAGAUCCGAAUCGAGUACCUCGGUGCCAUUCUACGACAGAAUAUCGCUUUCUUCGACUCGAUUGGCUCUGGGGAGAUUACCACGCGAAUCACGGCUGAUACAAAUCUGAUUCAAGAUGGUAUUUCAGAAAAGGUCGCGUUGGUGUUGACCGGGUUGUCUACGUUCGUGACUGCAUUUAUCAUCGCCUACAUCAAGUACUGGAAGCUGGCGCUCGUCUGUACGGCUACAUUACUCGCCCUGCUGGUUAUCAUGGGUGCGGGCUCGACUGGUAUGCUUAUCUUCACGAAACGUGCCCUCGAAAGCUCUGGUCGCAGCAGUAGUCUGGCAGAAGAGAUUCUCGACGCUAUGCGGACAGUGGUUGCGUUCGAUGCACAAGAGACACUCGCGAAGAAAUAUGAGUCUUUGCUCAAGGAAUCGGAGAAUCCGGGAAAAAGGGCACAGAUUGCUUUUGCCCUGAUGGUAGGAGGCCUGUUCUGCGUUAUGUAUCUCAACUACGGUCUAGGAUUCUGGAUGGGAUCGCGGUUCCUGGUUGAUGAUGACGAUAGUGUUCAGGUUGGGGAUAUCCUAACCAUCCUCAUGGCUAUCAUCCUCGGCUCCUAUAACCUGGGCAACGUCGCACCUAACGGUCAGGCACUGGGUAGUGCCAUCGCGGCUGCUUCAAAGCUCUACAGCACCAUCGAUCGUGAGUCGCCCAUCGAUCCCUCAUCUGAUGAAGGCGAGAGACUCGACAAAAUCGAGGGAAAUAUUUUUCUGCACCGCGUCAGCCAUGUAUAUCCCUCCCGUCCUGAAGUCUUGGUCAUGGACGACAUGACCCUUUCCAUUCCUGCUGGACAAACAACAGCCUUCGUCGGACCCUCCGGAUCCGGAAAGAGUACCAUCAUCGGCCUGCUCGAGCGAUUUUAUAGUCCCAUCUCUGGAAAGGUCUUUCUCGACGGCCGCGAUAUCCAGACAUUGAAUCUCCGCUGGCUAAGACAGCAAAUCUCCCUGGUCGGUCAGGAACCUCGCCUCUUCGCUACAACCAUUUAUGAAAAUAUCCGUUUCGGGCUACUGGGAUCACAAUGGGAGAACGAAUCCGAAAAAGACAUCCAAUAUCGUAUCGAGGAUGCUGCUCGCAUGGCCAACGCACAUGAAUUUAUUAUGAACCUACCGGAACAGUAUCAGACCAACCUGGGUUCUGGUGGAUGUUCGCUGUCUGGUGGACAAAAGCAACGUAUUGCCAUCGCUCGGGCUGUGGUCAAAGAUCCACAGAUCUUGCUCCUUGAUGAGGCUACUUCAGCCCUCGACACCAAAUCUGAAGGCAUCGUACAGGCGGCGCUGGAUCGUGCAGCUGAGGGCCGUACGACAAUUGUCAUUGCGCAUCGAUUGUCGACUAUUAAGAAUGCGCAUAAUAUCGUCGUCUUCGUGAACGGACAAAUUGUCGAGCAGGGCUCGCAUAAAGAACUUAUUGAUUCACAAGGUAUCUAUCUCGAUCUAGUCCAAGCCCAGCGGAUUGAACAGAUCCGGCAGUCGAUGCAUCUCGAGAAAAUGACCUUCCUCCUCGACGCUGAUUCAUCCAGAGACACGUUUCUAUCUGACUCUGAUUGCUAUUCUUACCAUUCAAGUCUGGAUGAGAAGAAGCCACGAGUGCGGCAUUCAAUGCUGCCCGAUCUAUACCCAGAACCGUCCCCACCGUCGACCCCGGAGCCAAAGCAAUUAUCCUACUACUCCCUUUCUGAACUGAUCAAAUUCAUCGCCAGCUUCAACCGCCCCGAGUGGCCAAUAAUGAGUAUUGGUCUUCUCGCCUCGAUCGCAGCCGGCGGCAUCCAGCCCUCGCAAGCUGUAUUGUUCGCCAAAGCAGUCACCACAUUGACCCUGCCGUCGACGGAGUAUGGAAAGCUGCGCCACGACGCCAACUUCUGGUCACUUAUGUUCCUCGCUGUCGGUAUCGCCACGUUCCUCCUGUACAGUAUUCAGGGAACAUCAUUUGCAUACUCUUCAGAGAAGAUGAUUUAUCGUGCGCGCACAGCUGCAUUUCGUGCGCUGUUGAGACAGGAUAUUUCCUUUUUCGACCGUGAAGAAAAUUCUACCGGGGCACUGACCACAUCGCUAUCAGCUGAGAUCAAGCACCUCACUGGUAUCAGCGGCGUUACUUUGGGCACCUUACUGAUCGUGACUGUCAACCUUGUUGCUUCGCUAACAGUGGCAUUAAUCAUGGGCUGGAAGCUGGCGCUUGUCUGUAUCUCAGCUGUGCCUGUCCUUCUCGCAUGUGGAUUCCUCCGAGUCUGGCUACUUGAUAAAUUACAAACUCGUGCGAAAAAGUCAUACCAGGCGUCCGCCAGCUCAGCUUGUGAAGCUGCCUCGGCCAUCCGCACUGUCGCCUCAUUGACCAUGGAGACAGAGGUGCUGGCAUCCUACCGGAAACAACUGCAAGCACAGCUCCGCGCGGAUAUCAUCCCGAUUAUCAAAUCAUCAGUUUUGUACGGGGCAUCCCAGGCAUUGCCAUUCUUCUGUAUGGCGCUGGGAUUCUGGUAUGGUGGACGCUUGCUGGGACGCCACGAGUACUCACUAUUCACAUUUUAUGUCUGUUUUAGCGAGGUAAUCUUUGGCUCUCAAGCGGCGGGGACUGUAUUCUCGCAUGCUCCGGAUAUGGGGAAGGCGAAGAACGCAGCGACUGAGUUCAAGCGUCUCUUCGAAUCGAAACCAGUCACUGUGAAGCAGAAGGAAAAGAAGCAUGACCAGCCCGUUACAUCCAUGAAAGGCGCAAUCGAAUUCAGGAACGUCUCAUUUACCUAUCCCACCCGUCCUGAGCAGCCUAUCUUGCGGCAUCUGAACUUGACGGUCAAACCAGGUCAAUACGUCGCUUUGGUUGGAGCAAGUGGUAGCGGAAAGAGCACGACUAUUGCCAUGCUCGAGCGAUUCUAUGAUGCGGUUUCCGGACAGGUCUGCGUCGAUGGCAGGGAUAUCACCCGUCUGGAUCUGGGAUCAUACCGCAGCUUCCUGGCGCUGGUCAGCCAGGAGCCUGCAUUGUUCCAAGGCACGAUCCGAGAGAAUAUUCUUUUGGGCCGAUGCGGCGAUGAGUAUGUGCCAGAGCAGGUGUUAAUCCAAGCAUGUAAAGACGCGAAUAUCUAUGAUUUUAUCAUCUCCCUUCCACAAUCCUUCGACACCCCCGUUGGCAACAAAGGCAUGAUGCUUUCCGGCGGCCAAAAGCAACGCCUCGCUAUUGCCCGUGCCCUCAUCCGCGACCCUAAAAUUCUCCUCCUCGAUGAAGCCACCUCAGCCCUCGAUUCUGAAUCUGAGAAAGUAGUGCAGACGGCGCUGGACGCUGCUUCUCGUGGACGGACGACGAUUGCCGUUGCGCAUCGGCUGAGUAGCAUUCAGCGUGCGGAUGUGAUAUAUGUUCUUGAACAGGGUGAAAUUGUUGAGAGCGGGACACAUAAGGAGUUGAUGAGGAGAGGAGGGAGGUAUUGCGAGUUGGUGAAUUUGCAGAGUUUGAGUUGA